AUGGUCGCCUUCUCCCGCCUUUCGGCAGGCUUCGCCCUUGCUGCCCCUGUGCUCAGCAGUGUCGUUCUGGAGACCGUCAAGUCUGUCCCCAGUGACUGGAAGCUCGUCAAGGCUGCUGAUACCAGCUCAACCAUUUCUCUGUCUGUGGCUCUGGCGCGCCAGAACCUGGACCAGUUGGAGGAGAAGCUCCUGGCCGUGUCCACCCCUGGCAAGGACACGUACGGCCAGUUCUUGGAUCUGGACGACAUCAACGAGCAGUUUCCUCUCGCUGAUGACGCUGCUGUUAUUUCUUGGUUGAAGAAGAACGGCGUCACCAAGAUCCACAAGGAGGGUGGUCUCCUGAACUUUGCGACCACUGUGGGCACAGCGAAUCAGCUUCUCAACACCACCUUCUCGGUGUACAAGAGCGGAUCUACCCAGAAGCUGCGCACGACGAAGUACUCUGUUCCGGAUGAUCUGGCUGGGUCCAUUGACCUCAUUUCGCCAACUGUUUUCUUUGGAAGAUCUAACGCUGCCCGCUCGGCGGCCGUGCGUGCUUCGCAGACUACCAAGGAGAGCAGCGGCAAGAGCAGUGAUGUGUGCGAGUACAUCACCCCGGAUUGCCUCAAGGAGCAGUAUAGUAUUGACUACACGCCCGAGAAAUCUUCGGGAAGUCGUGUUGGGUUUGGCAGUUUCUUGAACGAGUCGGCCUUGUACUCGGACUUGGAUCUAUUCACCCAGUACUUUGACAUUCCGGAGCAGAGCUUCACUGUUGAGACCAUCAACGGGGGGAUCAACAACCAGGAGAAUGAUCCUGAUGGUGAAGCUGACCUCGAUGUGCAGAACAUCGUUGGCAUUUCUCAUCCCUUGCCGGUGACGGAGUAUAUUACCGGUGGAUCUCCUCCGUUCAUUCCCGACGUCGAGACCACGACCGACGAGAACGAGCCUUACCUUCAGUACUACGAGUACCUGCUGGCCAAGACCAACGACGAGCUGCCGCUAGUCAUCAGCAACUCGUACGGCGAUGACGAAGAUACUGUCCCCAUCGCCUACGCUACUCGCGUGUGCAACCUGAUCGGCCUGAUGGGCACACGUGGUAUUUCCAUUCUCGAAUCGUCUGGCGACUCUGGUGUUGGCGGCGCAUGCAUGUCCAAUGACGGCACCGACAAGACGGAAUUCACCCCCAUGUUCCCAGGAACAUGUCCCUACAUCACCGCGGUCGGCGGCACCCAAGAUGUGCCCGAGGUUGCCUGGGUGGACAGCUCUGGCGGCUUCAGCAACUACUUCUCGCAGCCGUCGUACCAGUCGGAUCAGGUGGAGACCUACCUAGACAAGUACAUCUCGGCGUCAACGAAGAAGUACUACGAGCAGUACACCAACUUUAGCGGUCGCGCGUUCCCUGAUGUGUCUGCGUUUGCAGGCUCCCCCUACUACGAAACCUUUACCGAUGGUCAACUCGGCCUUGUGGCGGGUACCUCCGGCGCUAGCCCUGUGUUUGCGGGUGUCGUCGCGCUGCUGAACGAUGCCCGUCUGCGGGCUAACAAGACAUCCUUGGGUUUCUUGAACCCUUGGCUAUACUCCAGCGGCUACAAAAGUCUGAACGAUAUUACCAGUGGCGAGGCCGUCGGCUGCCAAGGCGAUGUGGAGGGCGCUGGAGUGAUCCCGUGGGCGAGCUGGAAUGCCACGACGGGAUGGGAUCCGGCGACAGGGCUGGGAACGCCUAAUUUCGCCAAGUUGAAGGAGGCGGUUCUUGCUUUGUGAAAAGGAUACGAUUAGGCACUGAGUGGACGUGCUGGAGCGGGCAAACAUGUGCAAGGCGUUAACUUAUAAUAGCCUGUGUGUGGACUAGGCAAGCAUGGACAGCGCACCACCAAUUAGCUUCUGCAUAGUUACCAC